CGAGAAACAUCAAAUUUGAAGUGCUGCAGUACAGUGCCCUCAUGAGAGCAGUUCCUUGUUGUCGGCAGUCUGCGAAGUGAUGGACAGUGUGUUGGGAAUUCAAAACUAUAGGAUAUUUAAAAUUUAUUCUGCCAGCAAAAGUUUUUGUUAAUGUAGCGACAUAAGCUCUACCGAAAAUCACAAAAUACAACCGUUUAUAUCAUAACCGAGCCUUGUUAUGGGAUUAAAAUCCUGAAGUUUUAACGCGCUCUUUCAUUUAACAUUAGGUUCGUUCAAGACUAGAAAUAAUUUAAUAUUGCACCGCUUACCUAGCAUUUGUCGCUCAAUAUUUGAAUAGACCACUAAUUACAUCUCAUCGUUUUGAUUUAAACACGUGAGACUAAUUCUUACCUUCUAUAAACUCUACUUAAUUCGUUGAGAAGAGCGUAACCAUGAUCCCUGUAUCGGCCACCGCUAGUCUCCUAAGCAACUCCUUGCGCCCUCUGAGCCACCACACGCUGCUGGGGUCGCUGCAGCCUCUGCAGCUGCCGCCGCUGCCGGGCUGCGUCACGACUCAGUCCUACCUGGUGGAGACGCUCCUCAGGGAGCGGGGUUACCACCUCGCGCGACCCGUUGCAACCAAGCCAACCGUCACCACAAGCACAGGUACUGGUGUAGCUGGAGGAGGCUUCAUGCUGUCACACGAGGAGCAGAUGGAGUUCUACAAAGAAGAAGCAGCGCGUCAUUACUUAGGUCUUCUGAGUCGCACGGUCCCCCCACCGCCCCAAGAAGGACUUAGUCCUAACAACAGAGGCUCCACACCUUCCCCCAUCCCUCGGAACACAAUUUGCACCACGUCUGACGACCCGAACAUGUGCGUGGAAGAUACAAGUCCUAGUCCUCCUCAUCACAACCCGAAUCUCAACCAACGAGCCCCACUGAAAUUCUCCGUGACUGCGAUUCUGGGCGAAGACUCGCGUAGCUCCGCAGGCACGCCGCAGCCUCAGGAAUACGAAGGAGGAGGACCAAUGAUAGGUGGGGGAGGUCUUGUGGUGACGACCUCAUGUGCCGGGGGCCUGCUAGACCGUCCCCAUCUCAGCCUAGGUCCCCCACCGCUGGCCAGACCGCGUCCCCUGCUACACUCUCCCCUGCAGCCCCUGCUGGCAUGUCGACCUCCCUACCUCAACGUUUACACGAGCAUGGGGGGUUGCAUGGCAGGGGUGCCACUACCGAGCAGCUUCCCCUGGGCCGCGAUGGGCGUGGGUGUGCGUGGCAAGCCCCGUCGCGGGAUGCUGCGCCGCGCCGUCUUCAGCGACUUCCAGAGGAAGGGGCUCGAGGACAGGUUCCAGCUACAGAAAUACAUCAGUAAACCUGAUCGCAAGAAGCUCGCUGAAAAACUCGGACUUAAAGAUUCUCAGGUCAAAAUAUGGUUUCAGAACCGCCGCAUGAAGUGGCGCAAUAGUAAAGAACGAGAGCUCCUGGCCACUGGAGGUUCACGCGAACAAACUCUACCCAACAAAAAUAAUCCCAACCCUGACCUAUCAGACGUUAGUGAGUCAUUCGUAAGUUCUGACGCACAAAGGUCGGGUGAGCAAGAGGAUGUGGAAGAUAUGGGAGACGACGAGGAUCGCAGUACUCCUGCAGGAACAAGUGAAUUCGAGAGCGACAUAGCAACAUACACCGAGGAAAGCGAAGUUGAAUGUUCAGCUCCACGGGAGCCCAUUGAAUCGCUUAUUACAGCAUCGCAACUCUCGCUAUCGCACGUCGUAAGUCGUUCCUCAGACUCCAGCUCCGGGGGCGGUAGAAGUAACGCACAAUCUUCGUCUAGUUCACCCAAGCUUUUAAUCAAAAACUUGUCCACGUUGGGAGGAGGAGAAGCAUUCGUUGGCGGCAGCAGCACCGCAGGCAAUGGACUUACGGCCUUCAGCAGCGGCUUUAGGACCGACCACGCAGGCCACGCGCUCGCUGAAGCCUCCUUCUCUGACGAUGAAGACAUUAACGUUACAGACGACAUGACGGCAUCACAUAACGAAGACUCAGAGGGAGACUGAUGGUCUUCUCAGAGCUCGCUUCUUGGUGUCUGCAAGACAAAUGUUUAAUGCAAUAAUCUAGAGACAGCCAACUAGUGUUGUCUAUAAAUAUUUUGAAAUAUCUACGUAUUUGAGAUAAGAACGACUGUCAAUCUUAAAAUACUAUUCAACUCAGUUGUUUAUAUUGUUAACAUCCAUGAAAUGAAUUUUUGGAAAAAUCGCUGAAUGACAAAAAAAUCAGGAGUGAUUUUUAUUCUCUCACAGACAUUGCUCAGAGACUUAGCUUAAAGCAAUCCUGCGAAUUAAUUUAUACAUUUUCUCGGUUCAUUUUCAUUAUUUAAAAUUCCCUGAACAUUUAUAAACUGAGAAUUACAUUGCAUGAUGAUGCGUUUUAAAAUUCUUAUUUAAUUGCCUAUGAGAAUGAACUCGACAAUUAAAAUUAAAAAUGACAAUUUACGGUUCAUUACUACUUUGUUAACGACGCGUUGAUAUUAUCAAUUUAUUGAUAAUUCGUUGAUCUU